GAGUGUAAUAUGGCGAAGACCUACGAUUACCUGUUCAAGCUGCUGCUGAUCGGGGACUCGGGGGUGGGGAAGACCUGUGUCCUGUUCCGCUUCUCCGAGGACGCCUUCAACUCAACUUUCAUCUCCACCAUAGGAAUUGACUUUAAAAUUAGGACCAUAGAGCUCGAUGGCAAGAGAAUUAAGCUACAGAUAUGGGACACAGCUGGUCAAGAACGGUUUCGGACGAUCACAACAGCCUAUUACAGGGGCGCAAUGGGCAUCAUGCUGGUCUAUGACAUCACCAACGAGAAAUCCUUUGACAAUAUCCGGAACUGGAUUCGGAACAUUGAGGAGCAUGCUUCUGCAGAUGUCGAAAAGAUGAUACUCGGAAACAAGUGUGAUGUGAACGACAAAAGACAAGUUUCCAAGGAACGGGGAGAAAAGCUGGCCCUGGACUAUGGAAUCAAGUUCAUGGAGACCAGUGCGAAGGCCAACAUCAAUGUGGAGAACGCAUUUUUCACUCUCGCCAGAGACAUCAAAGCAAAGAUGGACAAAAAAUUGGAAGGCAACAGUCCCCAAGGGAGCAACCAGGGAGUCAAAAUCACACCAGACCAGCAGAAGAGGAGCAGCUUUUUCCGAUGUGUUCUUCUGUGAGGAACACUGCCUUACUCUGAGCCUCGCUCAGCUGAGCUGACUGUGCCUGUCCUGAGUGAGCCCUCCUCACUCAGCCGGGGCCCUCCCCCUCCAAUACUCCCUGCCGUGCCAGCCACUGGGCCCAUGG